UGCGUGCACGUCAAAGUCAAAAUUUCGAAAUCAAUACUCGAAGUCAACAAAAACUUCUUAUUACAUUUUAAUUAAGAAAUUGUUUAAGUACUGACUGAUUUUGUACUAAUUAACUAGCCAAAAUGGCCGUGGAAAGGCCUAGACCCUGUAUGACUGUACCGUCGAAGUCUAGACUGGAAAUGAACGUAAGACAGCUGCUAAACAAAUGUGAGCUGAUAGCUAAGCAAGAGCCUAUUGAUAACAACUGCAGGCUCAAGCAAUAUGUGGAGUCCCUUAGCGAGAUGAUAACAGAACUCAAAACUGGCCCCGACAAGCCACCUAAAGAUGAGUUAGCGGAAUAUACUAAAAGAGCAGCAUUUUUGAAAGGUGUUGUUCAAACAGCUUCCUUAAACACUCCCAGUGAAAAGUUGGAGGCAGUCCAGCAACUGUCACACGGUGCUGCUACCAUGUCUGCUGAUGCUUCAGCUCAAGAGAUACACCAGAAAACAAGGGUCAAAUAUGGGGUGGAGCUGAGAUCUGAACUAUUUGGAUUAGAAGACAGUGAUGAUGCAUUAAGAAAGCGGAACAUAAUAAAAGCACCAAACUUCACAAGUAACAGUAGCAGCCAGGAAGACAUAGAUUCCCUACUUAAAUAUCAUCAGAAUAUGCAGGAGAAGGUUGCUGAGAACAUGGUUAUGCUCACAAAAAGCUUGAAGGAACAGUCACAGAUUGCCAGCACUAUCAUCAAAGGUGAUACUGAGGCUUUGAAGAAAUCCUCAGACCUCACAGAUCGCAACUUAUCCUCCUUGAAAGUGGAAUCAGACAGACUGCAAGAACAUAGCAAGAGUGCAUGGAAAUGUUGGCUGUGGAUCAUGCUGGCUAUUGUCAUGGUUAUAUUUAUUAACAUGGUGCUCUUUAUGAAGGUUAUGAAAAAGAAAACAGUUUGAAGGUAUGUAUUGUAUUCAAAGUGAUAAGCAGAAGUGACAAAGUCAUAAUGUGUCUAGUUCAUUCCUAUUUAAGUAAAUGUAUAUACACAAUAAGUUUUAAUUAUUGUAAUACAGGUAUUUUUAUUAAGUUAUG